AGUGUGGAGUGUGUUCGGCGGAGACUGAAGGAAUCAAAGGGACCGCAGGAAAGCGCGCUUACAGCAGCGAUACAUGAAACAUUGGGAAUGAUUGUCUUUUUAAUUGAAAACUUACUGGCGCCUCGUUAGACUUUGUAUAUUUUUUUUAUUAGGUUUUAUUUUAACGAAACGGUUUUAAGACGCAGUUUUUUGACAUGGCUGACAGCAAACAUCAAGUGAUAUUUUGUAACGAUUCUCCAAAAAGAGUUCUGGUGUCCGUGAUCAAGACGACUCCCAUUAAACCCAGAGGAGCGGACUCGUGUCUCGUGCCCACCAGUCCCGGGUUUAGUGACUUUAUGGUUUAUCCGUGGCGAUGGGGAGAAAAUGCUCAUAAUGUGACACUGAGUCCAGGAUCGGGCAGCGGAACCGCAUCACCCACCCGAACCAACACUUCAUCUGCGGAAAGCGAUGUCAACUCCUGCCCGGAUCACCUCAAGUCCCUGCAGGACAGCAUCAGACGUGGACGCCCGCGAGCAGACACGGUACGAGAACUGAUCAAUGAGGGCGAGAACUCCACCAGCCGUAUCCGCUGUAACAUCUGUAACCGGGUCUUUCCGAGGGAGAAAUCCUUACAGGCGCACAAACGGACCCACACGGGGGAACGGCCGUACCUGUGUGAUUAUCCAGACUGCGGAAAAGCUUUCGUGCAAAGUGGACAACUAAAAACCCAUCAGCGUCUUCAUACAGGAGAGAAGCCCUUCGUCUGUUCUGAGAAAGGCUGCGGUAGCCGGUUUACUCAUGCUAACCGUCACUGUCCUAAACAUCCAUAUGCCCGACUGAAGCGAGAGGAACCAAUGGGUGGACCGGGUCAGUCACAGGGAGCUGAUAAUAAAGCUGUUGCUGAAUGGCUGGCGAAGUAUUGGGAAACGAGGGAACAGAGAACUUCCCCUCCAGUUAAAGGCAAGAAUCUGGGUAAAGAGGAUCAAGAACAGCAGGACCCUUUGGACUUCAUGCCAUCUGAUGAAGGUGAAGAGGAGGAGCAAGAUGAUGAGAAAAGCGCCGGAGGAGGUACGGCCCGUCGGCGUCUUCAGGAACAGAGGGAACGACUCCACGGUGCACUCGCUCUCAUCGAGUUGGCCAAUAAUCUUUCUGCCUGAGAAAAGUGUCAAAAAUAAUCAGCUUAAUAUCAACAUCUGUAAAAUCGAAUGUUUUAUGGGGUUUUUUUUAAGCAGGUGUCUUGACAUCCUUCCUUUUGCUCACAUUGGUGACCCCUGCACUUCUAGUCAGUGCUACCCGGGUUGAUAUAAGCUACAAGCACCUUAUUUUUGCUUUCUUUUGUACUUUUAGGCUGCUAUGAUAGUAGAUGAUAUCGUUAUAUGAAGAAUGUUGUUGUUUUAUCUCAGCUUAUGGAUGAGGUGAGAUGUGUCUCGUUUGUUUUGUUGUGCACUUUUUGUCGUGGUAAAAUGAGCGUUUUGUUUUCUCGUGGGUGGCUGUGUUGUGUGUGUGUGUGACAUUUCUGUUUGUUUAGGAUUUUAGCAUGCGUGCAUUUUGGAACAGGGUGUGUGACCGACCUGCUAGAGAUGAAGAUUUUCACAUAGUAGUUUGAUCUGAAACGAGACCCUCGGCGUUAGUCUGGUUUUCUGCAUUUUCAUUCGCAAUGGUCCGCUGUCACCUUUAAUCAUGUAUUUAUUGUAUUUAAACCAGUAAGCUUCAAUAGCUUCUCCAGAGCACCACCUGCUGUCAGCUGUAGAUCCAGGCUUUACAAUAACCUUUUUAAACUAACCCGUUAUAAACCAGCAACAUGUUAUGAGUGAACAUAUAAACUGAAGCACUUACAAUAUUAAUCCAGUGAUGUUUGUCUCACUACAGUAGUUUGAGGAUGGUGAUAUUGGCUUCCAAAGAAUGAUGAUGAUGAUGAUGAUGAAUGAGAUUCUAGGUAUGAAUGAGGAACCGGGCAGCACUUAUUCCAGUCACAUAACUUCUGCUCGUUGAUGCUUUUAAAAGCACAAUGCUGUGUUAUUUGUUUUAAUCUGCAACACUAAAUUCUGUUCAUAUAACAUUAAUCCUGAAAGUUCAUUGGAUGUAAUCAUUCCACAGCUUUCCUGGUUAUUGCAGUUAAAUUCAGAUCCGUCAUGCAAUUUAAUUUUGGCAUUUGUAAAACUGGAAAUAUCUGAAUAACGUUCCUCAGGAUUGAAGAUACAUUGCUUUAAGUUUCACUGUUCCACUUAAAAUUUAAUAUAUUCUACAGAAAAAUCCUUCGGAAAGCUGUGUAUAAUGUACCCUAUACAAACUGAAAGAUCCCAGGUGAUUAUGUUACGAUUAUUAUGACAACAGAAUGUAAUCGUUUGAUUUUGAUAUGUUUGUUAUACUGAAAGGACUUGUAAAUGUGUUAAUGGGCUUUUACUUAUAGUCCAAACUUAGCGUUUAGCACUUGAAAGCUUCAUUAAAUAAAUAUAAUGAAUCAA